AAGGUGGGGAAGGGAAGGCAUGACAGUUCAGGACCAGUGGGAACCUUCCUACCCCAGCCUCCUCCUCUCCGGAGCAUGCCAGAUAUUUCUGUCCCGGGAGCAGAGCUCUGCUGUUCAGGGACGGAGAGCAAAGGGUGCAAGGUUCUUCCCUCCCACUCGGGGCGUAGGGCUGGGGCCCGCGCCUCCCACCAAGGCCCAGGCCGGUGGCCGAGCCUAAGGCUCCAGCUGCUGCGUGCUCCGUCAGUGCAGGCCCCGCGAGCGGUCCGCAUUUUACUUAUCGCGCAGCCUUGGCCUUUCCCUCCGCAGUCAUGGGCGCCGCAGCCUCGUCUGCUCUCACUGGGCUCAGCCUCCCCCAGCUCCGCUUCAGCCUUGUGCUCCCGGGCUUGGCGCAGCCCAGGGCUGCGUGGCUCGGGGCGGCCGCGUUGGGACUGGCUGCCGCGGCGGCUCUGGGGGUCGCCGCUUGGAGCAGCAGGGGUCCGCGGCGGCGGCGGCGGCGACGGCGGCUCCAAGGGCGGCUGCGACAGGUGGGCACCGUGGCGCAGCUCUGGAUCUACCCCAUCAAAUCCUGCAAGGGAGUGCCCGUGAACGAGGCUGAAUGCACGGCGAUGGGGCUGCGCAGCAGUCACCUGAGGGACAGGUUUUGGCUUAUCAUCAAUGAAGAAGGAAACAUGGUCACUGCUCGACAGGAACCCCGCCUGGUAUUAAUUUCUCUAACCUGUGAAAAUGACUCCCUGACUCUCAGUGCAGCCUACACCCAGGACUUGAUUCUGCCCAUCAAAGCACCCACUGCAAAUGUAGUGAGGAAGUGCAGAGUUCAUGGCCUUGGGAUUGAAGGAAGAGAUUGUGGUGAUGAGGCAGCCCAAUGGAUUACCAAUUUUUUGAAGACUCAGCCCUAUCGGCUGGUACAGUUUGAGCCUCACAUGCGGCCAAGAAAUUCCAAACAAAUACAGGAUGCUUUCAGGACUACCGAUAAGGUUGCUUACCCUGAUGCCAGUCCUUUCUUGAUUCUCUCUGAGGCUUCAUUAGCAGAUCUCAAUUCCAGACUUGAGAAGAAGGUUAAAGCAAAUAACUUCCGGCCCAAUAUAGUGAUUUCCGGAUGCAGAGUUCAUGAGGAGGAUUCUUGGAAUGAAAUACUCAUUGGUGAUGUGGAGAUGAAGAGAAUAAUGGCUUGUGGCCGAUGCAUUUUAACAACUGUAGAUCCAGACACUGGCAUUAUGAGUAGGAAAGAACCAUUGGAAACCCUACGAAGUUAUCGACAGUGUGAUCCCGCUGACCAAAAGAUAUAUGGCAAGUCACCUCUCUUUGGACAGUAUUAUGUCCUGGAAGAUCCAGGAACAAUCAAAGUGGGAGAUCCAGUGUACCUCUUAGACCAGUGACAGCAUCAUCUCUUUAUGGGACAAAUCCUUUUUUGCAUAUUUUCUGGGAAAUAAUCCCUUUAAGAACAGUUUUUAGAAAUUAACAUACUCACUAUCUCUUCUGAUAUGUGUCCUCCAGUUUUCAUCUUUUAGGCCUCCAUGUGUGACUUCCAGUAUCCCAGAGAACUAAAAGAAGAUAUGAGUUCUUAAUGCUGCUAGAACUUCUGGGAGUCACUCAAAGGAUAAGAUGGGCUUUUCUGAUAAUUAUUCUCUUUUAAGUGGGAGCAUCUGGAUGGGUGUAUUGGGGUGGGUAAUAAAAAAGAACAAAGCACUCUCUUAGGUCUUUGUGUUGAGGAGAGAAGAAUGAGCUGCAGCAAUGAUCAGUUUACUCUCAUAUCACCACUAACUAUGAGAGAAAUUAGAAACUAACUAGAGAAAAAAAGGAAAGAAAAAAGAUAGCAAGAUAAAAAGAACAGAAAAUACUUUGGAGGGUGUAUUUUGUUGUUGUUCAAACAUAUCCAAUUCUUCAUGACUUCAUUUGGGGUUUUCUUGGCAAAGAUACUGGAGUGGUUUGUCAUUUCCUUCUCCAACUCAUUUUACAGAUGAGGAAAGUGAGGUAAUCAGGCUAAGUGACUUGCCCAGGGUCACAUGGCUGGUAAGUGUCUGAGGCCAGAUUUGAAUUUAGGAAGAUGUCUUCUUGACUCCCGCCCAGCUCUCUAUUCACUCUACCACCUAGUUUAAAUCUCUAUUUCAGAAAAGUUGAGUAACAAUUAAAACACUCCCCAAAGAGACACUAAAAUUCUUCCUUAUCUUCUUUAGAAAGCCAAUGCGACAUAAUAAAGUAACUCUCAUACUCAGGAGUUCAUAUCCUGCCUCUACAUUUACUUAUUUACUUGUGUGACCAUGGGUAAGUCAAUGAACUAUUGUGAACUUUAAUUUCCCUUUUGUAAAAUGGGGAUAAUAAUGUCUAGAGUACCUACCUCAUGGAAUCUGAGGAUUAAAUGAGAUAAUAUAUGUGAAGCACUUUGGAAAAUUUAAGGUGCCAUGUGACUGGAUGAUGAUGAGGAGGAUGAUGAUGACUUGGAGCUUUUAAAAAGAUACAAAUUGGCUACCCCUACACGAGCCUGGCAUAAUUGCCUUUUUAGAUAGAGUUGGUUAGGAUUUAAAUGAUGUAUCCUUGCCUUGGAUUCUGCCAUCUCUGGACUAGAUGAUAACUGCAUGACAAUUAAAUAGAAGUCACUAGCUAUUAAAUUUCCCCAAGGGUCAGGAUAAACUUUAAAGUACAUUUUGAUGUGUAAUUUUAAGGCUUUAACCCCUUUUAAGCUUCAUUACUUGAUUGGUCAGUGCCCAGAGAAAUGAGGAUGUCCUUACAUUUUUGUGGACCUGAUAAAUGGGGAACCUUCUAGGGGAUGGUAGGUGAGCUUGGGAUGUCUAAAGAACUAGAAGAUCGUCCAUGUGUGAUUUUGGUCAUUUUGUCCCUGGAGAAUUGAAAAAAGAGGAGUGAUAAGUCAGAAUCUUAAUUUAGAAUGUUACCUGCUGUGGGAAGGUUGAAUAUUGGUCUAACCUGCUAAAGUUGAUCUAAACCAAUGUCAUAAAAGUAUGGAUGGUUUGUAAGCAAAUUUCACAGGCUCUUUUCUUAAGCUAGUUGUGCAGCUGUGGAAGGUCUUGUCAUCAGAUCUGCAGUGUUAAAAAGUUAAUACUGAAAGGCUCUGAAGUUUGGGUAACAGAAAUAGAAUAUGGUAAUGUGAUUUUAAGAUGAGCAACUACUGAAGAAACUUUUAAAGGCAGCAAGAAGAGACCUUGUUAUUUUGUUUAUAAACAGAGAAAUGUCUAAUUUUUCUACUGAUUUAUUUACAGUUCUUAAAUUGUAUAUCUUUAUAUCUAAUUUUAUAUCCUGUAUAUCUCAUUUUCUUUCUUUGUAGCAGGAAUUUGAUUAAAAUUUUAAAACUAUGAAUAAAUGGAAAUGACUUUCCUUGUUAAAA